AUGAAUGUCCAAAUCGCUGCCUUGGCUCUGACAGAAGAGAGGAAGCAUCCUAAAGGAUUUGGUCUGACCCUCCCGUCGUCCACCCCAGCCAGGCCCGAGGCGGGGGGCCGCGGGCCAGAGCGGAGACCCGAGGAGCUGGAGCCUGAGCCGAGUCAAGCGGCGAGAAGGGGCUGGGACCAGCGAGAGCAGAGGCGGACUUUGGGGCCGAGGGCGGGGCCUCCGGCCUGGGGCGCAGCCACGAGCAGAAAAGGAGGCGACCCCUGCCCGAAGAGGUGGGGGCCUCGAGAGCCGAGGGCGAAGUCACGGGCUGAGAAGGAUGAUUAUCCAGCACCGAAAAGCAGGGACUUGGAAGGUCAGGCGGACCAGGCUCUGGGACCAGGCCGAGUCCCUGAGGGCGGAGCCUUCGCCGAAGGGCGGGCCCGGAAGGUGGCGUCGGUGUCCCGGAGCCGCCGGGUCCGCCGGCGGCACACGCUGGGCCACGUCGCAGUGGUGGUGGACACGGGCUCGGGCUUCGCAAAGGCGGGCUUCGCGGGCGAGGACGAGCCACGCAUAGUACUGAAGAGCUCCAGCCUGGUGCCCAGCUGGGAACGGCCCCUGCUGCCCAGCACGCUGGGCUGCGAGCUGGCGGGCGGCGUGACGCGGGUGCACCCCAUCAAGCACGGCGUGGUAGUGGACUGGGAGGCGCUGGAGGGCCUCUGGGAGCGCCUGCUGGUGGGCGGCCUGCGAGUGCUCCCAGAGCAGUGGCCCGUGCUGGUGAGCAACUCGCCGUCAGCGCCUCCUGAGGACCGCGAGAAGGUGGCUGAGCUGCUGUUCGAGACCCUGGCAGUGCCCGCGUGCCACAUGGCCAGCACCGCGUUGCUGGCGCUCUGCUCCACCGGCGCGCUCAGCGGGCUGGCCGUGGAGGCGGGUGCGGGCGUGUGUCACGCCACGCCCAUCUACGCAGGUCACUCGUGGCACGAGGCCACUUUCCGGCAGGAUGUAGCAGGCAGCACCUUGUCGCGCUACUUGCGAGACCUGCUUGUGUCGGCGUGUCCUGACUUAGGGCUGCAGGCCCUGCCCCGCAAGACCAUCACACAGCUUAAGAAGCGCUGCUGCUAUGUGUCGUUGGAUUUCGAGGGUGAUCUCCGUAACCCUGCCCGCCACCAUCCGGCCAGUUUCUGCUUGGGCGAGGGAUGGUAUCUGCGCCUCACCAGCGAGCGUUUCUGUUGCCCCGAACCCAUCUUCCAGCCGGGUCUGCUUGGCCAGUCUGAGCCAGGACUGGCCACACUGGCUUUCCAGGCACUGCAGAAAAUGCCCCCAACACUGCGGAAAGGGCUAGCCAACACUGUGGUGCUUGCGGGCGGUUCCACGCUGUUCCCUGGCUUCGCUCAGCGCCUGGACCUGGAGCUGGAGGCUCAGUGCCGCCGGCACGGCUAUCCCGCCCUACAGCCCCACCUUGUGGCCAACCCUGGGCGUGGCUCAGCGGUGUGGACUGGAGGCUCCAUGGUGGCCUCCUUGGGCUCCUUCCAGUGUGAUUGGAUGACUCGGGCCAUGUACCAGGAAUGUGGCUCCAAGCUGGUGCAUGAAGUGUUCAACUGAGUCAUGUCUGACAGGAGGUCGUGGUGCAACCCGGGAGACUGCAGGGACAGAGGCUCCAGGCCGAGCAACUGUCCUAUCAGCCUUGAGUACUAGAUAAAGAAUGUCAAGUGUUCGGAGCUGGCAGGCUCAUCAUAUGGAGGUGGGUCACCCCCAAUCCCUUCCUGCGUCAGAGGAGGUGGAUGGGGUCCA